UCUAUCCAUCUUUACAGCUAAACUGAAUCGAACCAAAGUUGGACGAAACGUCGCUUUAUGCCAUUGAAGCACUAUGAUAUGACCAUGACCACUGUAGAUGACCCGUCCUCCUCUUUUCCAUCGUUCAACUUGUCCAAUUCCCUUGUUUCAAUCAUACUAGCUCACUGAUUUGUUAUUUUUCAUAUGAAGAAAAAGUGAGUUGCAAAGGUAGGAAUUUAAUCAAAUGAAUUUGUUUUUAAUUCUCUUUUGACCUGUCAAAAAGAAACGCCUUUGCUUCUUUUCAAUUCCUCCAGAAAUCUUCCAUUCCAAUUUGCUACCAGCUGACGCUUUGACACAGCAAUUAGGCGAAAUUCUUGAUCUCUCUCUCUCAUCCAUGGCGGCCAAGCUGACCCAAGAACAGGUGGACGAGUGCCGAGAAAUCUUCGACCUGUUCGACAGCGACGAGGACGGUCGCAUCGCCGCCGGCGAGCUCGUGACGGCGCUGCGGUCGCUGGGCCAGAACGUCGACGAGGCCGAGGCGCGGCGGUUCCUGGCGGACGCCACCGCCAGCGGCGGCGGCGGCGGAGGCGGCGGAGACAUCGACUUCGCGGCGUUCCUGUCGGUGGCGGCGCGCAAGAUGAGGCGCGGGGCGACGGAGAAGGAGCUCGCGGCGUGCUUGGACGUGUUCGACGACGCGCGGAGCGGGGUGAUCCCGGCGGAGCAGCUCCGGCAGGCGAUGGUGUCCCACGGCGACCGGCUGACGGAGGAGGAGGCCGACGAGAUGGUGCGCAAGGCGGAUCCCGCCGGCGAGGGCCGCGUCGAGUACAAGGAGUUCGUCAAGGUGUUGAUGAACAACAAGUAGCAGUAAUACUACUAGCUGUUUUGUUUUGUUUUGUUUUUCUAUGCUUAAUUUGUUUGCGAAAGAUAUCCAUGUGGUUAAUCAACCUUGGUAAUGGAUGUGAAGAAGUAUAUGCGAUAUGAUUCAAGCGAAUCUUGUUUUGGGUUUGAAAUGAGUCCAGAAGAGUGACAGUUUUAUGAAACUUUGCGAAUUUUGGUGGACUCUGUUUGAAAUUUGACAUAAACUAGUGAUGCACUUUCAACUUAUGAAUCA